AUGCAGCGCAACAUCGUCAUCUUCCUCAUCAUCCUCAUCCUCUUCAUCCUCAUCGCCGCCAUCGCAUACCUCAUCUACUACCUGCAGACGCGCAUGGCUGUCGGCGGCACUGCGUCGUCUGUUUCGGAUAUGACUGAGAACGUAGAGAAGGACGAUGUGGUUCGCAUUUACAUCGGCGUUACAGGCAGUUGCGGUUGCAUGGCUAUGCGACUUGCGCCUUGGAGUUUGAACUUAUAA